AUGCAAAAGCCUUUGGCUGAGCCCUUGUCCCCGCACAUGCCCAUGCCUGUGUGCAUGCCCGUGAGUAUCAUCAACAUCAUGUAUUCAACUGUCCUCCUCCCUUGGCCCUCGCCCUCCUCUUCUCUUCUUCCUCCUUCUCCUCUUCGUUCUCCCCCUCCUUCCUCAUAUUCCUCCUCUGCUACCUCCUCACUCCCUUCCUCCUCCUCCUCGUCUCCCUCUUCUUCCUCCUCCUCUGCUUCUGCUCCUUCUCCCAUCAUUCCCUCUCCCUCUCCCUCCCCAUCCCCAUCCCCAUCCCCCUCCCCCUCCCCCUUCCCCUCCCCCUCCCCCUCCACCUCCUCCUCCUCAUCUCCCAACAUACCCAGCUCUAUCCCACACAGCCAUCUCUCUCUGAGAGAGCCCCAGUCAUCAGGAGCCUUCCCCACGUCGAUCAUCAACCGCUCCCGAUCGCGCAUCACCGAAUACUCCCCCCCUCUGACAACCCCUUCUCAUCCGCAUUCCUCCCCACAUUCUCCUCGUCGGCAUCCUCACCUCCCCUCUCCUUUGCACUCUCUUGCCCCCUUUCCCCCUCUGGUUCCUCCUCCACACCUUCCUCUUCUGUUCCAUUCUCCUCUUCUGUUCCACUCUCUCUCCCCCGCUUACGCCCCCUCUCCCUUCCACCCUCCCCAUCCUCCCUCGCUCCUUCCCUCCCUUUACCAUCCCCACUCUCCCCCCCCCAUCCCCUUUUCCCUCGCUUCCUCAUCAUUCCCAUCCUGCAUUUGUUUAGGCACCUCUACAAUCAAUCCAACCCCACUCCCACCCUCCACCUCGUUCCCCCUCGCCUCCUCCUUCCCAUCAAGCCUUUCCGCACCAGCAAUCCCACUCCCCUCCCAGCUUCUUCUCCUGCCCUUCCCUCCCUCCGCGCCCGAAACCCUGCCCCACGCGAGUCGGGCAGCGAAUUGA